CUUGACGCACUUCCUGGCGUCGCCUGCGAGGGCGGAACCGCUUUGUCUGUCCGGCCAGCCGACGGCCGGCUGCUGGCUUCCGUGACGCGGCCUCCUCCGCGCCUCGCGCCAUGGCGUCGGAGGGGCCGCGGGAGCCCGAAAGCGAGGGCAUCAAGUUAUCAGCCGAUGUCAAACCAUUUGUCCCCAGAUUUGCCGGGCUCAAUGUGGCAUGGUUAGAGUCCUCAGAAGCAUGUGUCUUCCCCAGCUCUGCAGCCACAUACUAUCCGUUUGUUCAGGAGCCACCAGUGACCGAGCAGAAAAUAUAUACUGAAGACAUGGCCUUUGGAGCUUCAACUUUUCCACCUCAGUAUUUAUCUUCUGAGAUAACUCUUCAUCCAUAUGCCUAUUCUCCUUAUACCCUUGACUCCACACAGAAUGUUUACUCAGUGCUUGGCUCCCAGUAUCAUUAUAACCAACCCAGUUGUUACCAAGGUUUUCAAACAGUGAAGCAUCGAAAUGAGAACAUGUGCCCUCUCCCACAAGAAAUGAAAGCUCUGUUUAAGAAAAAAACCUAUGAUGAGAAAAAAACGUAUGAUCAGCAAAAGUUUGACAGUGAAAGGGCUGAUGGAACUAUAUCAUCUGAGAUAAAAUCAGCUAGAGGUUCACAUCAUUUGUCCAUUUAUGCUGAGAAUAGUUUGAAAUCAGAUGGUUACCAUAAGCGAACAGACAGGAAAUCCAGAAUCAUUGCAAAAAAUGUAUCUACCUCCAAACCUGAGUUUGAAUUUACCACACUGGACUUUCCUGAACUGCAAGGUGCAGAGAACAAUAUGUCAGAGAUACAGAAGCAACCCAAGUGGGGACCUGUCCACUCUGCCUCUACCGACAUUUCUCUUCUAAGAGAAGUAGUAAAACCAGCUGCAGUGUUAUCAAAGGGUGAAAUAGUGGUGAAAAAUAACCCAAAUGAAUCUGUAACUGCUAAUGCCGCUACCAAUUCUCCUUCAUGUACAAGAGAGUUAUCUUGGACACCAAUGGGUUAUGUUGUUCGACAGACGUUAUCUACAGAACUGUCACCAGCCCCUAAAAAUGUUACUUCUAUGAUAAACUUAAAGACCAUUGCUUCAUCAGCAGAUUCUAAAAAUGUUAGUAUACCAUCUUCUGAAGCUUUAUCUUCGGAUCCUUCCUACAACAAAGAAAAAUACAUUAUUCAUCCUACCCAAAAGUCUAAAGCAUCACAAGGUAGUGACCUUGAACAAAAUGAAGCCUCAAGAAAGAAUAAGAAAAAGAAAGAAAAAUCUACAUCAAAAUAUGAAGUCCUGACAGUUCAAGAGCCUCCAAGGAUUGAAGAUGCCGAGGAAUUUCCCAACCUGGCAGUUGCAUCUGAAAGAAGAGACAGAAUAGAGCCACCGAAAUUUCAAUCUAAGCAGCAGCCACAGGAUAAUUUUAAAAAUAAUGUAAAGAAGAGCCAGCUUCCAGUGCAGUUGGAUUUGGGGGGCAUGCUGACAGCCCUGGAGAAGCAGCAACACUCUCAGCAUGCAAAGCAGUCCUCCAAACCAGUGGUAGUCUCAGUUGGAGCAGUGCCAGUCCUUUCCAAAGAAUGUACGUCAGGGGAGAGAGGCCGCCGUGUGAGUCAAAUGAAGACCCCGCACAAUCCCUUGGACUCCAGUGCCCCACUGAUGAAGAAAGGGAAGCAGAGGGAGAUCCCCAAGGCCAAGAAGCCAACCUCACUGAAGAAGAUUAUUUUGAAAGAACGGCAAGAGAGAAAGCAGCAGCGUCUCCAAGAAAAUGCUGUGAGUCCAGCUUUUACCAGUGAUGACACACAAGAUGGAGAGAGUGGUGGUGACGACCAGGUUCCCGAGCAGGCAGAGCUGUCAGGGCCAGAGGGGAUGGACGAACCGAUCUCCACUCCUUCGGUUGAGGGCAAGUCUGAAGAGCCACCAGGCACAGAACUCCAGAGGGACACAGAGGCCUCCCACCUUGCUCCCAGUCACGCCACCUUCCCUAAGAUCCACAGCCGCAGAUUCAGGGAUUACUGCAGCCAGAUGCUUAGUAAAGAAGUGGAUGCUUGUGUUACCGACCUACUCAAAGAACUGGUCCGUUUCCAAGACCGUAUGUACCAAAAGGAUCCAGUCAAGGCCAAGACUAAACGUCGACUUGUGUUGGGGUUGAGGGAAGUUCUCAAACACCUGAAGCUCAAAAAACUGAAAUGUGUCAUUAUUUCUCCCAACUGUGAGAAGAUACAGUCAAAAGGUGGGCUGGAUGACACUUUGCACACAAUUAUUGAUUAUGCCUGUGAGCAGAACAUUCCCUUUGUGUUUGCUCUCAACCGCAAAGCUCUGGGGCGCAGUUUGAAUAAGGCAGUUCCUGUCAGCGUGGUGGGGAUCUUCAGCUACGAUGGGGCCCAGGAUCAGUUCCACAAGAUGGUUGAGCUGACAAUGGCGGCCCGACAGGCAUACAAGACCAUGCUGGAGAAUGUGCAGCAGGAGCUGGUGGGAGAGCCCAGGCCUCAGGCACCUCCCAGCCCACCCACACAGGGCCCCAGCUGCCCUGCGGAAGAUGGCCCCCCAGCCCUGACAGAAAAAGAAGAGCCACACUACAUUGAAAUCUGGAAAAAACAUCUGGAAGCAUACAGUGGAUGUACCCUGGAGCUAGAAGAAUCCUUGGAGGCUUCAACCUCUCAAAUGAUGAAUUUGAAUUUAUGAGAGUUCUUGCCUGUGUGUCUGUAUUUUGGGUAAGGAGGGGAGGUCUGAAAAAGACUGGGGCUUUUUCCUCUCAGUUUUUCAUGACAAUGUAAUUUGUGUAACUGUUGAAUCUGGAAAUUGGUCAGCAUUAAAGGGCACAUGAAGCAGUGUCUACAGGCGUUCAGUGCUGCGGAGCCUGUUAAAGGUCACUCAGAUGUGCAGGUGUUAAUCUUCUCUAAAAGCCAGGUGAUACAGCUCUGGCUUUCUGAGCACACUGUGGAUCUGGAAAAUACUGGAAAAUGUGAUACUUAGAAUACUUUGGCUGCUAAGGAAACUUCCUCUCCAUUGCAGAAUAGCUGAGCGAAGUGAGUGAGUUUGCAGAAAGCAGGUGGUGAGCUCCUGCCUGCUGGAGGUGGCCAUGGAGGGCCAUUCCCGCCUGGCAACAGCACCGUCCUGCAGGGAGCCACUUGGCAGAAGGGUGCAGGGCUGCUGGUGUCAGAGCAAGAGGGCUACAGGGAAAGGGCCCUUUCUCAGGGGAUGUAGCUUUUUUAAGAGAUUUGGGAACACUUGGAGGAUCUGCUAAAAUGAGCCUCAGAAGGAAAAUUGGUUUUCUAACCUGUGACUUUUUGAAAUGAAUUAUUCCUUUCAGUCUUUAUUUUUCAAAGAAACAAUGUGUAUUGAAGUACCUAGAUUUGUUUGAUAAUCAACAAAUCUUUCCUUUUUAAAUGAACAUAUUCUGAAUGUGGUUUCUGUCUUAGACCAGGAGGACAGAGUUUACUUUCAUAUUUUCCCUGUAAGUGAGAGGGCUUAUUUAUUUUAAAUAAAGAGUAAUUAUUAAA